UUUUAUUCUGCGCGAGCAAAUCCAAACAAAAACAACGCCCAGUGAACGAUGCUGGCGACGAUGCUGGUGCUGCUGGUGGCAGUGGUGGGUGUCGCCCCACUUGCCACAGCUGCGCCGAGUGUGGAUGUCUGUGUCGCCACCACAGCAAGCAAAGUCGAACUGCACGCCGCAGAUGAGCUGGCCACAUUUUUGCAACAGGCCAUUGGCACGGCAGCCACCGUGAAUGUGGUCAAGUCGGGAGCGUGUUCACCGCAAGGAUCAGACGCGCUCACGACGUUUGCAGUCGGAUACGAUGCAGCCACCGCAUGCGGUCUGAAUCACGACCUCCUUGAUGGGCUUGGCUUGGAAGGCAGUUAUGUGGACAGUGGGACGCACAGCAAGUGCUUUGCCAUUGCGGGGGCUGAGGGUGCACCGCGCGGCGCGCUGUAUGGCGUGUACCGGUACCUGAACCACGGUGGCGUGCACUUUCUCUCGUGGAACGACACGUAUGUGCCGCUGUGGGACCCAAAGGCGCUCCCAACACUGACAAACUCCACAUUUGUGCCAGAGCUGGAGUAUCGCGCAAACAACGAGUGGGGCGUCUCUGGCCAUCCCACCUGGGGCAUCACGCAGUUCAUCAACCAGGGACCGUACAACGCGAGUCGCGGCGGCUCCAUUGUCUACGCGUCACCGCCUGGUUUUGUGCACACGUCGUAUCGCCUCUUUGGCGACAACACCACAGGCGGCGGCCAGCACCCGCCAACAGAUCUGUUCAAGACGAACAACGAGUGGUUCUGGCCCCACGACGACCCAAAGGCGUACGGGCAGCUGUGCUGGAGCAAUGCCUCUCUGGUCAACUACAUUACGCGUCAGGUCAAAGCUUUUCUCCGCGCACAGCCCGACGCAACUAUCAUCUCUGUUUCCCAGAACGACAACCAAAACUACUGCAAGGAUCCUGCGGAGAUGGCGAUCAUCAAGGAGGAGGGCAGUCCCAUCGGCCCUCUUCUCCGCGCCGUCAACGUCAUUGCAGACGCCAUCAAGGAGGAGUUUCCGCAUGUUGCCGUGGACACGCUGGCGUAUCAGUACACACGGCCCGCCCCGAAGAUCACAACACCAAAACCAAAUGUCAUUGUGCGCCUCUGCAGCAUCGAGUGCAACUUUGCCAAGCCUCUCACAGACCCAUCCAACAAAGCCUUCCAGACGGACAUCACCAACUGGAGUGCCAUCUCGCAGCGGCUGUACAUCUGGAACUACGUCACCAACUUUGCUGCCUUCCUUGCGCCCUUCCCUAACUGGCGCGUGAUUGGCGCCAACAUCCGCUUCUUCCUCGCCCACGGCGUGCGCGGCAUCUUUGAGGAGGGCGCCUACUGCGGGCCCGGCGGCGAUAUGGAUGAGCUCAAGGACUACUUGAUUGGCCAGCUGCUCUUCAACGCAUCGCAGAGUGACGACGCCGUGAUUGACCGCUUCCUACACCUGUACUACGGCGCGGCCGGUCCGCACGUUGCCACGUACAUGCAGCUCAUGGAGAACAGCACCGCUGCAACCGACUACUACAUGCACGAGUCCUUUGACGAGCAUGCCAAGUUCCUCACACCGUGCGCCAUAUUGGAUGCGGCCACGGCCUUUGCGCAGGCGCGGGCGGCCACGAGCGGCGUGUUUCAGCGGCGCGUCGAUCGCACCAAGCUGGCAGCGUACUACAUCAUCCUCCUGCGCUGGGACGAGAUGCGCGCGUUUGCCGCCGCAGCCAAGUACCCCUGGCCCAUCGAACCAAAGAAGAAGAAUGCCUUCAACGAGUUUGCUCGAGUGUAUCAUCUGGAAGGCAUCACGCACCUGAGCGAGAGUGGGCAUGAUCUCAAGUGGCUGGAAGGCCGCGUGCUUGGUUAACAUGCCACGGCAUGGUUCUUCCAAUAUGUCAUGGAUUCCUCUUCCUUCUCUGUUUGUGCUUGUGUCGUUACCCCAAGGCGCCUUUAGCCCCGCUUAUUUUUGUUCGUUACACAAUGCCAUGUCUCUCUCGCACAACACCGCGCACACACACACGCAUACACACACACACACAACACACACACAUACACACACAACACACACACAAACACAUUCACCCAUGCGCACCGCUGCCCUUUGUUUUGCCGCAAUUGCCUUCCCCAUCUCUGAGCGCUGGGAGCAGUGUAAGAUUUCAGCGAGUUUUCCCCAAUAAACCCGUCAACACAAA